AUGCCCCGCGAGAUUGUCACCGUGCAGCUGGGGCAAUGCGGCAAUCAAAUGGGAUCUGUGUACUGGCAGCGGUUAUGUGCUGAACACGGCAUCAACAAAGAGGGUAUUCUCGAGGAUUGGGCCACCGAGGGCGGUGAUCGGAAAGAUGUCUUCUUCUACCAAGCGGACGAUGAGCACUAUAUCCCUCGUGCCAUCCUCGUUGAUCUUGAACCUCGAGUCAUUAACGGCAUCCUGACAUCACCAUACGCGAACCUCUACAAUCCAGAGAACAUCUUCGUCUCUCAAGACGGCGGCGGAGCUGGGAACAACUGGGCGCAAGGGUACGCCGCCGGCGAGCGGAUUUACGAGGAGGUCAUGGAGAUGAUCGACCGCGAAGCAGAGGGCAGCGACUCGCUCGAGGGCUUCAUGCUGAUGCACUCGAUCGCGGGCGGGACGGGCUCGGGGCUCGGUUCGUUUGUGCUCGAACGGCUGAACGACAAGUUCCCGAAGAAGCUCAUCCAGACGUAUUCGGUCUUCCCAAAUGCGCAGGAAGGCGAUGUCGUCGUGCAGCCGUAUAAUUCGCUGCUCACGUUGAAGCGGCUGACGAACCAUGCGGACUCGGUGGUCGUGCUCGAUAACGGCGCUCUUGCGCGGAUAUCCGCGGAUAGGCUGCAUGUCCAGACGACUACGUUUGACCAGACAAAUCAGUUGGUAUCUACCGUGAUGGCAGCCAGCACACAGACACUCCGGUAUCCGGGGUACAUGAACAAUGAUCUCGUCGGGAUCAUCGCCUCGCUCAUUCCAACACCGCGCUGUCACUUCCUCAUGACCUCUUAUACCCCCUUCACAAGCGAUCAAAUUGACAAGGCUAAGCCAAUCCGGCGAACGACCGUACUGGACGUGAUGCGCCGUCUCCUACAACCCAAGAACCGCAUGAUCACGACGACACCAAGCAAAACGGCAUGCUACAUCUCCAUCCUAAACAUUAUUCAAGGAGACGUCGAUCCUACAGAUGUGCACCAAUCGCUAUUGCGCAUCCGAGAACGCCAACUGGCGAACUUCAUUCCAUGGGGACCGGCCUCGAUACAGGUCGCGCUGACACGAAGGUCGCCUUAUAUUGCGACAAAUCAUCGCGUAAGCGGACUCAUGCUCGCAAACCAUACGAGUGUCGCUUCUUUGUUCAGGCGCAUGAUCGACCAAUACGACCGAUUGCGGAAACGAAAUGCGUUCUUGGAGCAGUACAAGAAGGAGAAGAUGUUCGAGAACGGGCUGGAGGAGUUCGACGAUGCCCGAGCUACGGCCGAAGAGCUCCUCAAGGAAUACAAGGCCUGCGAGAGCCCCGACUACAUAACAUACGGCGCGGACAAUGCAGGACCAGCCGCAUAA